AUGGCUAUAUUCAUCUCAAUCGAAGUUCAUUUCCAAGGUGUGUUUAUCAAAAAACCUUUUUGCUACUCUGAUGGUAUUCAUCAUGUGUUCGAGAAUAUUGAUUUUGAUGGUAUGUCUUAUACUGAAUUUACGGUUUUUCUUGAAGGGUUUACACAAGAGAAGUGUGAGAAGCUUUAUUAUUGUCAAUCUAAAUUAGAAAAACCAGCAGGUAUUCACCUAAAUGAGUUCAUGAGUCAACAACAUAUCAACAUGGAAGGAGUAACCUAUAAAGGAGUAAGUCAGGCAAAUGGAAACCAGGAUGCCACAAGAGGUGAAAAUCCAAAAGAUGAUGAAGAUGAAAAUAUCCCAAAUGUUGAAGACGACAAUGUCCGAGAUGUGAAAGGAAAACCAAGGUUUAAUGAAGACAUACCUUAG